GAGAUUAGCUGGCUAAAAUAGGUGUACAAGUUGAUUCUCCGCCCAGUGCUGCUGCUGCAUACUGAGCUGCCACACAGGGAGACCUUAAAGCCCGCUUAAGACUCACACCAUCUCCAGGCUGAAGUACUAGCCAAGGCAAAGGGGCUCGACUUUUGAGGAAGCUUGAUCCAAACACAUUGAGGCACCCGUGUGUACGGAGCCUGACGUGACGCGGCAGUGGGGCUGUCUUUCCUCCACUCAGCCUGCAUUCAUAAACGGAUAUGAUCAACCAGCGCUGAGCGCACCGGAGCAGCGACGACAGUCAGCUUGGACCAUGGCGGAAGAGGACGACGCGACGAUUCGGAUUUUACAGAGCCUGCGGGGGAAAAUAUGUGAAGCUAAAAACCUGGGUCCGGUCUCAGGUCCAAAUCGACAAAGGGAUCUCUGUACCUUUUCCACCAUAAGUCUGGAUCAGGAGGAGGUGUUCCGCACUAAGGUGUUUGACAAAAGUGUCAGCCCUUUCUAUGGAGAGGACUUCUACUUUGAGAUCCCACGUCCAUUUCAGUGUUUAUCCUUCUAUGUUUACGCCAAGAGCGUUUUCCAAAGGGACUUACCAGUUGGCAAGGUAUCGAUCCGGAAGGAUGACCUUUGUAAAUACAGUGGGAAGGAGCACUGGUUUAGCCUUCAUCCAGUGGAUCCUAACUCUGAAGUCCAGGGCAAGGUUCACCUGGAGAUGAAACUGAAUGAAGUGAUCACAGAGAAUGGCUCAGUAGGUCAACACUUACUAGUCCGGAUAAUAGAGUGCCAGGGACUGCCUUUGAUCAGCGGGCAGAACUGUGACCCUUAUGCCACCGUGUCACUCGUUGGACCUGCCAGGUCUGACCAAAAGAAAACAAAAGUAAAGAAGAAAACCAGCAACCCUCAUUUUGAAGAGACUUUCUUCUUUGAGGUCACACGGUCCAGCAGCUACUCUAAAAAGUCUCAUUUCCAAGUGGAGGAGGAGGACAUUGAAAAACUAGAGAUCAAAGUUGAUUUGUGGAACAAUGAGAAUCUGGCUCAGGAUGUGUUUCUGGGGGAGACGCGGGUGCCUGUCAAGAUCCUGCGAAACGAUCACAUCCACAAGGCCUGGUAUCUCCUCCAACCUAAAGGCAAUGGCAGCAAGUCCAAGUCUGAUGAUUUAGGAUCGUUGCGUUUGAAGCUGACCUACAUAGAAGACACAGUGCUGCCAUCUGCCUGCUACACACCACUCUGCAACCUGCUGCUCAAAUCCCCAGAUGUGAAGCCCAUCUCAGCAUCAGCAGCACACAUCUUAGGGGACAUCUGCAGAGAGAGAUACGAGGCCGUUCUGCCAAUGGUUCGACUGCUGCUCCACCACAAUCGCUUUGUGCCUUUUGUCUCUGCUGUGGCAGUGUUAGAACUGGACAACACUCAGGAGGCUAACACUAUAUUCCGUGGCAACUCACUGGCAACGCGCUGCAUUGACGACAUGAUGAAGAUUGUGGGAAAGAACUACCUGGCUGUUACCCUGAAGCCUGUAAUAGAUGAGAUUUGUGAAUCCAACAAAACCUGUGAGAUUGACCCCAUUAAACUAAAGGAAGGGGACAACGUGGAGGUCAACAAGGAGAAUCUUCAGGGUUAUGUGCAGAAAGUCUUCUCCUCCAUCACACAGUCCAGUGCCAGUUGUCCCCCACUGAUGUGUGAUGUCUUCAGGUCACUGAGACACUUGGCCUGCAAACGGUUCCCAGCUGACCCUCAUGUUCAGUACUCAGCUGUCAGCAGCUUCGUGUUCCUGCGGUUCUUUGCCGUCGCUGUUCUUUCUCCACACUCCUUCCAACUACGUUCACAUCAUCCUGAUCCUGAGAUUUCCCGCACACUCACGCUCAUCUCAAAAACCAUCCAGACACUGGGCAGCUGGGGUAGUUUGUCAAAAAAACUGUCUAGUUUCAAGGAAACCUACAUGUAUGACUUCUUCAAAUCAUUCCAAGAAGAUAAGUGUAUCGAAAAAGUUAAAAAGUUUCUUGAUGAGAUAUCUUCUAACAUCAGCAAAGGGUCCAGCGGGUUGGAGGACGCUGUGGUUCUCAAGGAGGGGGAAGUACAGAAACGAGGCCAGGGGAAAAAACGCCUUGGCAAGAAAAACUUUAAGAAGAGAUGGCUGCGAGUGACCAACAGAGAGCUCUCCUACCACAAACAUAAAGGGAAAGAGGCCCUCUGCAUCAUCAAUGUCAAAAAUAUCCAGGCAGUGGAGAAACUGGAUGAAAGUGCCUUUAACCGCAAAAAUAUGUUUCAGGUGUUCCACUCUGAGAAGCCGCUGUAUGUUCAAGCAGGUAACUGCGUCGAGACCUGUGAGUGGUUGGAGGUCCUGGGUCAGGUCAGUCGCUGUAAUGAGGGACGCCUUUCCACUUUCCACCCAUCAAACUACACCAGUGGCGCCUGGCAGUGCUGUAAAAACACGAAUAACUACGCACCAGGCUGUAAGCCCUGCACAACCACCAUGCUGGCCAACCUGCAGCUGGACAUAGACUGCGAUCGGGAAGCAGAGAGAAUAUUCUCCCUCCUUUCUUCAAAUGAUACCAAGCUCCAGAAUAUGGAGGAUGCAUGUGCCAGUAUGGCAGUGUAUCAGGGCCCUCAGCGAGAGCAGGAGGAAUACUCCAAGUUCACCAUUCAGGAACCCAAAGAGACCUUUCAGACACUCAAACAGCUCCGAAACAUCAUGAAGGAGCUUCAGACGCAGCACAACAUCAGGAGCGACACCACAGCGCAGUACGGCAGCCUGGACAACCCGAUUGUGGGGAAAACCUCCUAACCAGGGCUGGCAGAUGGGGCCUGAGACAGCCGUGCCAGCAGGUGUCAGUCAAUCACAAAGACCACCACAGUGACGCACUGGUGGGCAUCUCGAAGGAGCCCUGGGAGUUGUUCCAGCAAGGAUGACCACUGUGUGUCCAGGAAGAAUACGAGCGAUACACCCUGACCUCCAGACAUCACGAGUCCACUACAGCAAUGACAACCUAAGAACAGGAAGUCCAACAAACUCGAAAUGAGCGACCCCUUAGGCAUUGUCGCCACCUCCUCCUCUCCUCUGCCUUUAGGUACCUUCUUAAAGAGACUCCCUCCUUGUCUUAAUUCGCGUCCUCUUUUACAGCUGUGUGAAAAAGGCAUCAUUAGAUGGUGUGUGAAUAGGCUGCUAAUUUUUUUUAUUCACCCAGUUUUAUAUCAACAGCUGUGAUGAUGCUCUUACAAUCUUCUAUUUUUUUUUUUUUUUUUUUUGAGGAUUUGCUCUGACAUCUGUCCUAAGAGUUGAAUGAUAAUCAUCAUCUUUAUGGAGGAAUGUCCUCUAUUUGUGCCCGUGUACACUAUAUACACUCUUUCUCUUCUCUUGUAGUGUCCUUCCUCUUCUGAACAAAUGUAUAUAUUUUCUGAGUUACAUGAAAACCAACCUGCCUUACUUUGAUGGAUGUGUCUUUCACAUAAAAUGCUGAGGGAAUAAUGCAGAAGCACUUUAAAUAUUUGGAGCACUCCAAAUGAAAGAAAUGAUUAGAUACUUGGUAUCAGCUUUCCCCUUUUUUGAUCAGUUACAUGAUCUCCAGAACAUUUGUGUCUCAUUCCUGUACAAUAACUUUUAUAUAACCUGUAGAUUUUAAGAUAUUUUUCUUGACCAAAGACAAUUUCAUAGGUUUGACUUGAAAAAAUAAUUAAUGUAUUUUGAAUACAAAUCUUUUAAAAAUGGAGACAAAUUAAAUAUAUAUAUAUAUACAUAUAUAUAUGUGUGUGUGUGUGUGUGUAUGUGUGUAUAUAUGUGUGUGUAUAUAUAUGUGUGUGUGUGUGUGUGUGUGUGUAUGUAUGUGUGUAUAUAUAUAUAUAUUAGUUUAUGUGUACGUUUCGCUAACAUAUCCUUUACUUUUUAGUGACUUAAGGCAAGCAGACUGCAUGCGUUUUAGUUUUGACUCCUGAUAGCACAUGAUUGUGGUGUAGAGUUGUAUUUCCCUGUGAUUGUGAAUCGUAUCGGUACGGUGUACAUCAGGUCUGUGCGGUCACAUUGAAAGCAGAAGUGUCGCAACAUAUCUGUAGUCGUGCUCAUGUUAGGCUAAUGUUGGAAACAAUUGGAGGAAAUGCAGAGAGGAGUCAGUCAGAAUAACAAAUGAAUCCUCAUCACCUGGAAAUGAGUCCCAACAAUCACAGCAACCAACACAUUAUGUUAUCGUUCUGUUUUUUUUAUGAUCAGCACUCGGCAGCUUCAGCUGUUGUUCUUGGCAGUUUUAGAGAAUUAGUUUGAAAUGUGGCGCUCUGUGAAUAAGAGGUAAAUAUCUUUAGCUUUUCCCCAGCUGUUAGGUGAGGCACUCCCUGUUAACAUGUUUUCUUUUAGUGACGUUAUCAGUCUAUUGAUGAAUCUGUUGGCAUUUCACAAAUUGUCAGAGCCCAAAGUGAUGUCUUUUUUUGUUUAAGGGAAAAAAAUGAAAAGUAUUCAGUUUAUAAUGAUAUGAAACUUAAACAAGCAACCAAAUCCUUAAAACAUUUGCCUGAUGACUUGUACUUGUAUUUUUCUUUCAUUCGACACAUCAAUUGAUCAACAAAAUCAAUUUUGUGCUGAACAGAACUGAUGAACAAUCUUUUAUUUAAUCUUUUUUUUUUAUUUUAUUUUUUUAACUUUUCUCCCUUUUUUAAUGAAUUGCAUUAUCUGCCCAUCUGAACAAUGAAGUGUUGGAAAAAUAUUAAAGAAACUUGAAUUUAUAUUCGCAACAAAAGUUGAACAUUGAAUGCUGAU